CGCAAACCCCAAAAAAUUGCCAGCCGGCAGCCGACGAUCAUCGAACCAGAAUCUGCGGACUAAUCCGGUCAAAAAGAACGCCGACUGUCACCGCAGCAAAAGGGUGGGGAGGUUGGAGAAAUGAUGAACUCUUGAUCCCAUCCCAGUUACCUCGCCCUCGCGGACUCGCAGCAACGAAGCUCUCUUCCUUGCUUACAGCCGAAGCAUGACUCUUACCGAGAGCGAUACCAUUGUCUUCCUUCUCCUACUCUUCUUCUGCUCCUCUUUGUCCGCCGCUGCUACCCCCGUUGCUACCGAUGAGAGUUUCAACGUUCGUCUGCACCUCUCCACCGUCUCCAGUUAUGAAGCCGGAAAAGAAACUACCUUUGAUUCUUAUGUUCCUUCUACAAUCCCACAAGGGUGUAGUCCUAUCCACUUAAAUCUGUUGGCAAGGCAUGGAACUCGAUCUCCCACUAAGAAGCGGAUUAAAGAGUUGGAUCAAUUAUCAAUUCGCUUAGAUGAUCUGCUUAAUCAGGCAAAACAUGGAGGGAAGAGCCAUUUGAACAAAAUUCCAUCCUGGUUGCCUGGUUGGCAAUCUCCUUGGAAAGGUAGGCAGAAAGGAGGGGAGCUAAUAAGUAAAGGAGAAGAUGAACUUUAUCAGCUAGCUUUAAGAAUACGGAAAAGAUUUCCAGAAUUGUUCAAUGAGGAAUAUCACCCGGAUAUAUUCUCAAUUAGAGCCACUCAGGUUCCUCGUGCAUCAGCUAGUGCUGUGGCAUUUGGCAUUGGUCUUUUUCAAGGUAAUGGGACCUUAGGGCCAGGGAUGCAUCGAGCAUUUUCCGUGACGAGUGAGAGUCGUGCAAGUGAUAUUUCUCUACGGUUUUAUGAUACUUGUGAAACUUAUAAGGAAUAUCGGAAAAGUCAGGAACCUGCUGUUGAUAAGCUCAAAGAGCCAAUUUUUGAGGAAAUUGCUGCCAAGCUUGUCCAACAUUAUGAACUUAAUUUCACUAGGAAGGAUGUGGCUUCGCUUUGGUUUCUCUGUAAGCAGGAAGCAUCUUUAUUGGACAUUACUGACAAAGCUUGUAGCCUUUUUUCUGCUUAUGAGGUUGAAUUACUCGAGUGGACCGAUGACUUAGAGUUAUUUAUAUUAAAAGGUUAUGGUAAAUCAAUAAACUAUCUCAUGGGACUCCCAUUGCUUCAAGAUGUUGUUCACUCAAUGGAAGAAGCAAUUUUGGCCAAAGAAGAAAACCAUAAGCCUGGAACUUUUGAGAAGGCAAGGCUCAGAUUUGCUCAUGCUGAAACAGUUGUUCCUUUCACCUGUCUUCUUGGGAUUUUUCUUCAAAUGCCAGAAUUUGAACUAAUACGAAGGGACGAGCCAUUAAGUCUGCCGCCAAAACCUCCUCAACCACGGACUUGGAGGGGAAGUGUCGUCGCUCCUUUCAGUGUAAAUAUUAUGUUGGUUUUGUACCAAUGUCCUGGCAACAUUUCACAUAGCGGUGCUGAAAGCAAAGGUUACAAAAGCAAGUACUAUUUGCAAGCUCUGCACAACGAAAUUCCAGCUCCCAUGCCGGGCUGUGGCUACCAGGAUUUCUGCGAUUUCGAGGUUUUCAAGGAAAACAUUGUCAAUACUCAUCUGAAGCAAAACUUUCAAUCAGUCUGCACUGUAAAGGCAAAGGAAGAUCUUCCACCAGAAAACUGUUCUAUUGCAUGCAGACUCCUGAAUUUUAUACGUAAUUUCUUUCAAAGAGAUUCACAUGGCAACACCAAAGUUAACCGAAAGAACGAGUUAUGAUCUGUGGCACCUUACGCCCGUAGCCACAUCUUUUCGGCGAAGUUUCUAAUCGGAGCAUGAAUUUUAACAUGGAGUUCUUCUUUAUUUAUUGAAAUUUAGAUUUUUUUUUUUUUUUUUUUGAUUAUUUUUUUGCUUUAAUUUAGUCAUCUUCCUCUGAAUUUUUACUAGGAUAAUAAAACAAGAAAACAUUUUCAGCUUUUUGUGCUUUGUUAUGUUUUUUCAGUUUCAGGCCUUAUGGCCUGCUUGAUUCUGCGCUAUUAAAAGUUGUACUUUAUAAACCAAUUAUUUAUCUUCUUCUGAACCAUGAUUUAUUUCUA